UGAUGUCGACCCUAGAAUGGAAUUUCUAAGUCUCUAAGGAACUUUUGACAAAAAUUAGUGCGAACAAUUAAACCCAACAAGUUUAAAUCAAUUUAUACUCUUCCAAAACUAAGUACAACAACACCAAAGACUCCCACAAUAAAAUAAAAGGUCAAAAUACAUUUACCAAACGCUUUAAAAGGCACAAGCGCUGCAUGUAUCCAUACCAUUACCCUUCUUACUCAGUUGAUCUCUUAUUUACGCCAUUUCAUUUAUUUAUUAUUUUUUUUCUCCCAAACAAGGGACUUUCAUGGUUCUAACAAACAAAUAAUUGAAAAGUUGUCCAUUAGAGUCUAUUCUUUCUGUGUUUUCACAUUGACUCAAGAAAGGUCACCCAAGAUCAAAAGUGCUUUGUUAGAUUCGAUCUACUCUUCCAGAUAGCGAAUAUUAAAAUGCCAUGUUAUUUUGUUCCCAUUGCCAACUUUUCUCAACACCUAUUCAUAAACAAUAAUUUUCCAUGGCUACUUCAUUUCUUCUUCUUCUUCAUGUCUUCGUCCUAUCUUCCUUACCAUUUUCAUCAUCAUCUUCUUCUGCAACUCUCUCUAGUUUAAGCAAAGGUUCAUCUCUCUCAGUCGAGAACCCAACCCACGUUUUGAUUUCACCAAACAACCUCUUCUCCUCUGGCUUUUACCCCCUCGGAGAAAACGCUUAUGGCUUUGCAAUCUGGUUCACCAAACCCUCCUCCCAUGGAAACCACACUCUAGUUUGGCUAGCCAACCGAAACCAACCCAUCAAUGGCAGACUCUCAAGGCUCUCCCUCCUCAAAAAUGGCAAUCUCAUCUUAACCGACGCAGACCAGUCAAUUCUCUGGGCCACCAACACUGCUUCACUCUCCUCAGUGCAGCUACUCUUGCUUGACAAUGGAAACCUCAUUCUCAGAACUUCAGACAAUGUUCUCUUAUGGCAGAGCUUCGACUCACCCACCAAUACCCUUCUUCCCCAACAACCUCUAACCAGACAUACCCAACUCGUUUCGUCCAGAAGCCGGACUAACUACUCCUCCGGCCUCUACAAGCUCUUCUUCGACGACGACAAUGUCCUCCGUCUAGUCUUUGACGGUCCUGAGACUUCUAGCAUUUACUGGCCAGACCCAUGGCUAUCUGCUGAGAACGAUGGAAGAUCAAGGUACAAUGACACGAGAAUUGCGGAAUUUGAUUUGUUGGGUCAUUUUCUAUCAUCGGAUAAGUUGGAGUUUCGAGCUGCUGAUUAUGGUGCAGGGCCUCAGAGAAGAUUGGUUCUGGAUUUUGAUGGUAAUCUUCGAUUGUAUAGUUUGAAAGAAGAGACUGGGGAUUGGGUUGUAUCGUGGCAGGCCAAGUCGAAAGCGUGUAGAAUUCAUGGUGCUUGUGGACUCAAUGGUAUGUGUAGAUAUAGUGCUGGGUUUGGACGAGAAUGCUCGUGUUUACCUGGGUUCAGAAUCAGAUAUCCUACUGACUGGUCUCGUGGAUGCGAACCUGAAUUCAACCUUUCCUGCAAUCAAAGUGAGGAGAAUUUCACCUUUUUGAAGGUCCCAAAUGCUGAUUCCUAUGGCUAUGACAUCCAAAUUUUGCUAAACUACACGUUGCGGAGAUGCAUGAAGACGUGCUUGGACUCGUGCGAUUGCAAAGGGUUCCGCCACCGGUUUAACCAGAGCAGUGGUGUUUAUGAUUGUAACCCCAAAUGGGUGCUUCGCAACGGACACUGGUCUCCGAGUCUUGCAGAAGACCUGUUUGUGAAAGUGCCUCAAACACCUUUAAACAAGGACUUCUUGAAUAAGUUAGAUUGCUCAGGGACUGCUAAUAUGGUGCAGCAGCUUGACAGAGUUUAUGAAAGACGGCACGAAAAUGGGUUGCUGACUUUCUUGGUUUGGUUUGCCGCUGCGGUUGGAUGUUUUGAGGUGAUCACCAUUUGUCUGGUCUGGUGUUUCUUGAAUAGAAAUGGAACCCAUCCAGACAUGGGUGGUGGGUACAUACCUGUUGCGACCGGAUUCAAAAGAUUCACUUAUAAUGAGCUAAAGGAGGCGGCGAGGGGUUUUCGUGAUGAGGUGGGAAGAGGAGGUGGUGGGGUGGUGUACAAAGGGGAAUUGCCAGAUUGUCGAGUGGCGGCAAUCAAGCGACUCAGAGAAGCUAAUCAAGGAGAGGCAGAGUUCCUAGCGGAGGUAAGCACCAUCGGCAGGCUUAACCACAUGAACUUGAUAGAGAUUUGGGGAUACUGUGCCGAGGGAAAGCACAAGCUUUUGGUUUACGAGUACAUGGCGAACGGGUCCUUGUCAGAUAACUUGAACUCCAAAACACUUGAUUGGGACACUAGGUUUCAGAUUGCUGUGGGUACUGCAAAAGGCCUUGCUUACUUACAUGAAGAGUGCUUGGAAUGGGUUCUACACUGCGAUAUAAAGCCUCAAAAUAUAUUGCUGGACUCCAAUUACCAGCCAAAGGUUGCAGAUUUCGGACUUUCCAAACUACUGAAUAGAAGUGGUGGUGGUAGUAGUAGUAGUGGUGGUAAUGAUUCGAGCUUUUCGAAGAUAAGAGGAACGAGAGGUUACAUGGCUCCAGAGUGGAUUUUUAAUCUACCCAUUACCUCGAAAGUCGAUGUUUAUAGCUACGGAGUAGUGAUGUUGGAGAUGGUGACUGGAAAGAGUCCAACAUCAGCUGGUGAGAUGGAGCAGAGGAGGUUGAUUCAAUGGGUGAGAGAGAAGGUGAGUACAGGUGCAGCAAUGGAGUCUAGGAUUGAAGAAAUUGUAGAUCCUGUGAUAAGUGGCAAAUAUGAUGUGCCUAAGAUGCAAAUACUUGUUGCAGUGGCAUUAAAAUGUGUGGAGGAAGACAAAGAUGCAAGGCCAAGCAUGACCCAGGUCUUAGAGAUGCUUCAAUACCAUGAAAGUAAUUAGUUGAAAUGGCAGUUUUUUUGUUCUAGUGAUGCACAAAACAUGGUAUGAGACCCGUGCACACAUAAAACAAAGUAGUGUAGAAAUUAUAUGUAAAAUAGGAAAUUGAGUUAUAUUAAAUUUUUGACAAAUGCUUUUAUGUCUUUUGUGAUGAGACUUGCCUAUAAAAUUCUUAUUGUGAGAAUGCAAACCACCGCCUUUAGGGUGUUGGUUAA